AUGAGUAAAGCACCGCAACCAUUGUUCACUUUCUUCGGUGUUGAUGGUGGUGCCACGUGUUCAUGUGUUCAUGAAGAUCAUCUAUUUGUGGGCAGCCAGAAAGGAGUUGUGAAUCGGUACGGGCUGGAUAGUAAGAUUAAUGAACAAGUUGUUUAUGACGAUGAAGAAGAUAGAAGGAUUCAAUCUGUUGAAUAUUCGAAAUCUCAUCUCUUUGUUCAUAUUCGAAGUUUCGCUGUAAUUCAAUUAAAAGAGUCAGAAGACUCGAAUGGCACGUGGCAAAUUGUAAAAACUGUGGAAGUUGAUCAUAUUGGUUUCUGUAAUUCGUUGAUUCUGGGUCCACAACUGUUGUUUGUAUCUGCGGAUCCACGACGUGUUCCCACACUCUGCUGGAACAAUAUCGAAGAAAACAAGAAAAAUGAAUACAAAUGCACCCAAAUUCAAGAUAAACCUGAUAUUACACCGAUGUGUAUGAUUAUAGGAGACAAGGAAGAGAACGAGGUGUUGAUCGGAAUGGAAGAUGGACAGUUGUCGAUUUGUUAUAGAGAUGAGGAAGGCGCUUUCAAGCUACAAGGACUAGAACCACUUGGAAGAGAACCGAUCUUUUGUAUAGCAAGUUCUUCAAAAUUCGUAGCUGCUGGAUGUGCGAGGUCUCCGAUUUAUUUGAUUGAAAAAGUCGAUCUAUCGAAGAAAGAAAUACAUUAUCCGCCAGACUCUGCCGGUUGCUCAGCGAUCACAUUCUCACCGAAUGAAAAACAGAUUUUGGCUGGAUUUUGGGAUGGAACGAUACGAGUAUUCUCCCGUCAACGACUGAAUGUUCUCCUUGCUCUAACUUCUUCUCAUUCUGCAACUAUCAGUUCACUUCAUUGGUUGCCACCAGAAAAAGGAGAAUUAGUUAUUGCAACUUCUUCUGAUUCUACCAUUACUAUGUGGAAACUGAAAUAA